UCUUAAAAAGGGUGACUUAACCAUGAAAUUUUUCCAAGUUCUAGCAGUUGCUUUCUUGGCAGUAGUCUUUUUGGCCAUACACUCUGAUGCUGCUCCAGCGGAAUCCGACGAUGCCAAGAAUUAUGUCAGUGGAAUCACAGCUCUUAGCCAAUUGGGUACCUGUGAUGUUUUGAGUUUCUUGGACGUUAAGCAUACCGCCUGCGCUGCCCACUGCUUGAUCCUUGGCAAUCAGGGUGGCUACUGCGAUUCUACGGCUACUUGCAUCUGUCGUUAGACUAAGAAAAUCAUUGAAGCAUUUAUAAGUCAAAUAAAAUGGUAAUUCCUUGUUAAAACCUGCAA